AUGUCGUUCAAUUCCAGUACGGGCGUGUUUGAAUUCUACCGAGUACCAGAGUUAGAAUCGUUCUCGGUAUGGUAUUCUGGAAUCCACGGCUAUCUUAGUGUCAUAGUGUGUGGCUUUGGAAUACCAAUGAAUCUAAUUAAUGUGACGGUUUUAACUCAGAAACAUAUGAGAACACCUAUAAAUUGUAUCUUAACCUUUCUCUCCCUAUCUGACAUGUUGACAAUGAUCAGCUACGUUCCGUUCGCUCUUAAUUUUUAUAUCUUACAUUCCCCGUGGGAGCUGAACGCGACUAAAAAUAGUCUUGGUUGGAUGCGAUUCAUGCUGUUUCAUAUCAAUUUCUCUGCUACGACCCAUACUGUUUCCAUCUGGUUAGGUGUGACUUUAGCUAUAUUAAGAUACAAACAUUUGUAUUCUCCAGCAAAAGGGAACCUCACGCGGAUACGACGGUUGAUACGGGCACGGAUUUCAGUGGUAGUUGUUUACGUUUUGUCUACAGUUGGCCUGACACCCAAUUACAUCACAAAUAAGCUACACCCGUCCCCUUUCAACAACGAAACAGUGUACAUAAUGGAGAGCCUUGAUCUAGGAACUAAUGAUGUCCGCCCCGUUGUUUUGUUAAAUUUGUGGCUCUACAGCAUUAUGGCGAAAUUAUUGCCGUGUAUCUUGAUGGUUAUAUAUGGGGGACUUCUUCUGUAUACUCUUAAAUCCAAACUUAAAUUCCAAAAAAGAAAACUUUCCUGCACCAGUGUAUAUGCUCAAAGACCAUUGGAUAAUUCGAGAACUACGCGGAUGUUGUUAAUAGUUAUUAUACUCUUCUUGGUGACAGAGCUUCCUCAAGGAAUAUUGAUCAUUUUAAGUGUUACUUCAAGAGGUUUUUUUCACUUCAUUUACAUGCCUUUAGGAGAUUUGAUGGAUAUGAUGGCGCUCAUCAAUAACGGUGUUAACUUUAUUCUUUACUGUUCAAUGAGUAGAGAUUUCAGGCUGACUUUAAUGGAUCUCUUAAAAAUACGAAUUGCAAAACAUCAUUUUACGACAGUUGCUUGUGAUUCGGAACGUUCACAGACUGCUUUGAUAGUGCGUGUGUCCUAG